AUGUUUGGCAACGAACGGCUAAACGGUAGCAGCAGCAGCAGCAGUAGCAGUAGCAGCAACAGCACCACAAACUGCACGAAAGAACCGCUCAACGAUCAGGACACUGGUUCCGCUUCUUCCACAUCGCCCAACGGGACGACCGCACUCCCAACCGACUCGACGAGACCUUCGUUUGCAUCCGUUUUUACGAUCGAAAGCAUACUCGGGCUGAACCAGGACACGAUCACACAGCACAAAGCGAGCUCCCUAAACGAUAAGCUGCUCUCGCCCGUUCCGCAACGGUUGGACAGUAGUGCGGCCUACGAGCUGGAACACACCAAGCAGAGCCUGUCCAACUAUUUCCGCUGUGCUGGGGCCGGUACGCUACAUCUUCCGACAUCAUCCGAAGCGAACAUGCUGUCGACGAACAUUCUUGGAAUAGCAUAUCCAUCGUCCUGCCAUAGCUAUCUACAACCGGAUCUGUUUGCCGCCCAUCUCCAUCAGCAGGUAGGACUGGUGGCGUGCAACGGCAACUUCCGGCCCCGAUAUCCAUUCCUGAACGCGGACUCGCACAUCAAGCGAAAGCGCCGACACAGGACCAUCUUUACCGAGGAGCAGCUCGAACAGUUGGAGGCCACAUUCGACAAGACGCACUAUCCGGACGUAUUGCUGCGGGAAAAGCUAGCCAUCAAGGUGGACCUAAAGGAGGAGCGUGUCGAGGUAUGGUUCAAGAAUCGGCGCGCCAAAUGGCGAAAGCAGAAGCGCGAGGAGCAGGAGCAGUUCUCCAACUACGAAAUCAAUAACAAAAUUAGAAAACUCAUCAACAUCCCGGUGUCGGCGCAGGAAAAGCUUCGCCAGCUUCAGACCGGCAUCUUUGCCAAGGACAAACAACUGUUGCCGAAAUGUGAUGAGCUGAGCAACAGCAACAGUGACGCAUCGGACGUGGAGGUGGUAUGAU